ACGACGUGCUCUACCAGGACGAAUAGAAUUGUUGUAACAACAAACAACGACAUAUCUCGCUUACUCACAUCUCAAUAUACUUCAGGUUUCAUAAAAUUGUGUCGCUAUUUUGGCAUCCAUUUUUGGUCGGCACCAUGGCAGCAGGCGGUGAUUUCCAGACGACAUCGCAAAGAUUUUUGUUGUGGUUCAAGUCGUUGCCGGGCGCCACUUUCCACGAUGACAUUCAGAUCGUCGACUUAAGGGGCCAGAACGCCGGACGAGGAAUCGUGGCCACCAAGGACAUUGCACCUGAGACAGUACUUUUCACCAUCCCUAGAAAAAGCAUCAUCAAUGUCGAGACAUCCGAGCUUCCAAAGAAGAUUCCCCAAGUCUUCACAGGAAAUGACGGGGACGACGAAGACAUGGAGAAUGAGCCCCUCGAUUCAUGGGGUUCUUUGAUCCUAGUGAUGAUCUACGAGUACCUCCAGGGCGAUGCUUCACCCUGGAAGCCUUACUUCGAGGUCCUUCCCGAGAAGUUUGACACACUCAUGUUCUGGGAGUCCUCUGAGCUCGAAUUUCUCAAGGGGAGCGCUGUCUUGUCAAAGAUUGGAAAGGACGAAGCCGAUGACAUGUUCCGUUCGCGAAUUCUGUCGGUCAUCGCAGCCAACCCAGCCAUCUUCUACCCUGCAGGUGCCUCUCAAUUGGCCGAAGCAGAGCUCCUGCAAUUGGCUCACCGCAUGGGCAGCAUCAUCAUGGCUUACGCCUUUGACUUGGAGAACGAAGAGGAACCGGAAGAAGAGCAAGAGGAAUGGGUUGAGGACCGCGAGGGCAAGUCGAUGCUGGGUAUGGUGCCCAUGGCCGAUAUCCUUAACGCUGAUGCGGAGUUCAAUGCUCACGUCAAUCACGGCGACGAUGACCUGAGCGUCACCGCGCUCCGAACGAUUCGCGCGGGAGAGGAGAUCCUCAAUUACUACGGCCCUCACCCGAAUUCCGAGUUGCUCAGAAGAUAUGGCUACAUCACUCCUAAGCACUCCCGCUACGACGUCGUAGAGAUUCCCUGGGAUCUUGUGCAAUCCGUGCUCAACGAACAGUUGAAGCUCACUGAUGAGGUCUGGAAGCAAGUGGGAGAGUACAUAGACCCCGAAGAUCUCGAGGACGUCUUUGUCCUCGAGCGUGAGUCAGGAGAGCCAGACUCGGAGGGCCAACUCACGACCCCCGCCAAGGUCCAGGAGGUUUCUGCCGAGCUUGAGGAGCAGUUGAAGGGUAUCUUGAAGCUUCUUAAGAAGAUGAAUGCUGAUCUCAUUCCCGACAAGCGGAAACGUGACGAGAUCUACCAGCACGUUGUUGUGUUGACCUUGCAAAAGCUUCUGGCGCAAUACCCGACAACAACCGAGGAGGAUGAGGCCCUGCUGGCGUCAGGCAGCUUAACACCUCGCCAGAAGAUGGCUGUUGAGGUACGACUUGGCGAGAAGCGCCUUCUAAAGGAGGCUCUUCAAGUGGUGGGUACCAGUGGUACCGUGGAGGAAGCUACUGGCGAGGAAGAGACGGACAGAGCUUCCAAGAGGGUGCGACAUUAGUCUUUCUCCGUAAAGAACGAGUGGGGGAAUACUUUUUGGCGGGAACGGAUGCAGUUGCCUCGCGCUCAUCUGCUCCGGAGUUGCCUCGCUGUAAAAUGCCAAAUUCAACGUCACACAAGCCAUCCCAUUUACAUCGCUUCAUGAUAUUUACUUCCGAAAACACAAGUUGCUGUCUCCUCUCCCUUUCAUUCUUGCUUGGUAAAGCGUUUCCUGGGUCC